GGUUUCAAUCCGUCAAUGCUCCGUGCUCGCGUGCCACCAAGCUCCGAAGCAUUGGCCAUCCAUCCACAACACAGCAACGCAGUUCUUGAGCACUCAUCUUCAGCUGCUCUUCUCAUAUCUCCUUUGUAUUGAUCCUUCAACAACUGAUUGCCUCUUGUAUUGGAACAAAAUUAUAUUUGUUUACUGUUGGACUGAGUUUUGAUUUGAUCUCAUGUGGUUUUCCAAGAGCAAUCUGCUAUGCUCGCUUCUCUUGCUGGUAGUAGCCUCGGCUCGCAUUCAAAAUGAUGACAAUCCAACGGGACGUGAUAUCCACAUAGUGAACCAAUCGGAUGUCAAGGUGGAUAUCUUUUGGGUCAAUCCUCAGACCAAAGAACUCGUCAAGAGUAUUGAUACCGGAAUUCUCAAGGGCACGGAUUCCAUCAUUAACAGCUACAUGGGUCACGAAUUUGAAAUCCAGGAACUCCCUCUGAAGACGACUGGCAAAUGCCUUGGUGAGAAUGAAGAAUGUCGAAAGGCACAUUUCGUGGUGACCAGCAAUGAAGAUCAACAAUUCACCAUUGAAAAGGAUAUCUCCGUAACAUACGCGGAUGCUCGCAGUCGAGCCAUGGAAAAAGCCAAAAAGGUUUCCAAAGAAUGCCGCAUGCCAGAACCCACGGCAUCGGGAGAACUGCCCGAUCUGGAAGAAUGGGCCGAAUGUUUGCAAAAAGGAAUCAAUGCCACUUUGGAUGUUUCCAGAGAAGAAAUUGCAUUCCAAGCUGGAGUCCGAAAGAAUAUGGGUCGAAAAUUGGUGGACUAUGCCUGUUCCGAUGAAGAGUUUCCAACCACUUCGUCCACUUACAAUCAAACUCUCAAUCUGGGAUUGGGAUCAGCCCGAAAUCCCAAAAUGAAAUUUCUAUUCCAGUCCGAAACCAGCAAAGUGAUCUUAUUGGAGAAUUUUGUUGCCCGAUCGCAAUGCCGAUGGUUGAAAGAAAAUGCUGCCAAAGGUGGUAAGAACCGACUGGACUGGACUGCGAUUAAUGAUGUUGCCAUUCGGGCUGUGGUGGAGCGUAUCUACAAGGCAUUGGAUCAAGCAUUGAAUUAUUACCAAGAACCCAGCCAUCUGGAUCAACAAAGGCAAAAUUCGGCUAGGCUGCCACCGUUGUUUCUAUUGCACACCUAUGAAAAGGGUGGAGACACUAAUCGGUUUGCGGCAGAAGAACAUAUCAGUCAUCCUCUCAUUGGUACCUUUAUGCUGUUUUGUGAUGCCCCAGAAAAGGGAGGUGCCAUUCAUUUCCCCAAGGCUGGCACUCAUGUCAAGCCAGAAGCUGGAAGUGCACUGCUUGUGACCUACAUGGAGCCUAGCACUGGAGAAACCUCCGAUGAUGUAUUCACAGCAGAAUAUGUGGAGUGUCCUGUGGCGGAAGGAAAACAAACGACACUCAAGUAUCACAUUCCCGCUCCUCGCGAAUAAGAAACACGACAUCUUUUCGAUAUCUUUUUGCUCUGCAGUUGCCCGUUGACCGGGGAGGCAACAAUGAAUUGGUGGUCAGUAGAAUUACAGGAACAAUAUAGAUUGAAUUUCAUUCUUAGCCAAUU